AUGUCUGCGACGUCUUUUGGGCAGGAGGAGGAGGAGGACGGCGCCUACGAGAGCCAGACCAAGCGGCUGAAGCCCAGCGCCGCCGCCGCCGCGGAGGGCGAGAGCCGCGAGGAGGUCGCCCCUCGCACCGGGGACUGCUCUGGAGGGGUAAGGAGGGCCUGCCUCUUCUAAUCCUCGCCCUUCGCAGUGUUCGCCGGGAGUGAACGGCGGGUAGAGAAGACGCGCAGCAGCACCCCGUUGCCAGGUGCGCCAACUGCCAGGUCGGCGUGUGUAGUAGCAUCGGGACCUUAACGCUUCCGUUUCUCCCCAUCCUUCUCAAUACACAAGUUGAAUCCUAAUAUUUCCAAAAAGUUUUGUUCGUUAGGGAUGUCACACAUCUACCUGUUUUUAUAUUGUAAACCGCCCUGUGAUCCUCGGGUGACAGGCGGUGUAGAAAAUUAAUGAAUACUCACAAUAAUACAGUAACAACAAUAAUAAUAAGCGUGCAUGUGGGAAGAGGGCUGAGCAUGUUUCAGAAAGAUCAGUCUGUAACAGGAAACAGCAUCUUAAGGUGUGACAGGUUUUUUAUUUACAUGUAUGUAAAGAAAAUCAGUGAGAGAUUUUACUUUCUUGGGCUCCGUGAUCACAGCAGUCACGAAAUUAAAAGACGCCUGCUUCUUGGAAGAAAAGCAAUGACAAACUUAGACAGCAUCUUAAAAAGCAGAGACAUCACCUUGCCAACAAAGGUCCAUAUAGUUAAAGCUAUGGUUUUCCCAGUAAUGAUGUAUGGAAGUGAGAGCUGGACCAUAAAGAAGGCUGAUCGCCGAAGAAUUGAUGCUUUUGAAUUAUGGUGCUGGAGGAGACUCUUGAGAGUCCCAUGGACUGCAAGAAGAUAAAACCUAUCCAUUCUUAAGGAAAUCGGCCCUGAGUGCUCACUGGAAGGACAGAUUGUGAAGCUGAGGCUCCAAUACUUUGGCCACCUCAUGAGAACAGAAGACUCCCUGGAAUAGACCCUGAUGUUGGGAAAGAUUGAGGGCACAAGGAGAAGGGGACGACAGAGGACGAGAUGGUUGGACAAUGUUCUCGAGGCUGCCAACAUGAGUUUGACCAAACUGUGGGAGGCAGUGGAAGACAGGAGUGCCUGGCAUGCUCUGGUCCAUGGGGUCACGAAGAGUCGGACACAACUAAACGACUAAACAACAACAAAGAAAAUAAUGGAAUUGUAGAGUUGGAAGGGACCAUGAGGAUCAUCUAGCCCAAGUCCCCUGCACUUGUGGAUGAAGAUUUAAGUGAGCCGGUGAGACCACUUUGUCAGAUGCACCUGGCUUUGCCACCAGCCGACUGAGGAUACGUAGGUCCGCUUUUACACAUCAAAGGAUUUAUUGUGCAGGAGGCAAAAUUUCUCUUGGUUUCCGCUAAUAAAACAAUGGGAAGAGGGAGGUGUUUUCCUCCAUUCUUCACUUUUCUGAAGGCAGUUUGUUCUAACAACUCUGAAUUGUGUUGUAUAUAUAACUUCAUAUUUCAUUCCCCUUUCAAAAGGGGCCUUCAAAUUACUUUGUCAGUUAAUCAUCUAUAAUAUUGUUUUUGAUAGAUUUAGAUCUGAAAAAUAAAGUCUAUCACUUUCAUUUCCUAGAAUGCUGGUGGAAGUUUUCACAAAGUUCCUGUUUCUCCUGUGGUCCAUGUCCGAGGGCUCUGUGAAUCAGUUGUGGAGGCGGAUGUUGUGGAGACGCUUGAAAAAUUUGGAACCAUAUGGUAUGUUUACUAUAUAUUAGAUCUUGGGUGACUCACAACAAGCUUUGUAAUGUAUUUUUAAAAGACCUCUUCAAGGCUUGUACUGGUACUCCUAAACUGAAGCCAGUGGUGGACCUACAUUUUGGGAGUCCUGAAGCUUGACGGUUAUGGGGCCCCCUUCGCAAUCAGCAAUGGAAUCUGGGCAACAACUGUUAUUUUAUUCAAAUGUGUUGUUCUGCGACAGAACAUCACAGCACUACAUCAUCUGUGCUACCGACUCUCGAACUUUGGGAUUGUUGAAAUAAUAUUCAACAAAAAUUAAUCAAUUUAAGUUGUGCAACUCAAAUUAGGUCUACUAGACCCAUUUUUAAAAAAUUAUGUGGACUAAGGUCACUUUUGAGGCUCCUUCGAGAACAGGGACACUGAAACUUAAGCCUCAUUAGUUUCAUAGUAUAUCUGCCCCUGACUGAAGCAUUGGAAGUACCAAAUCCUUCAAAAGUUAAUUUCGAGGCAGAUCGUUCUGCUUGUCUACAUAUGGAAGCUGGGUAAGAGAGCACCUUGGUUCUGUUUUUCUACAUUAGAUAUUCAUAAUUUUAUCCUCAGAACUUUGCAUUUUGCUUUACAGUUGAAAGAUGAGGUAUGACUGAUGUCACUCUUUGCUCCAAACUAAGCCCUUGGUUACAUAGACACAUUUGCUGUAGAUUUCAACAAAUGUUCCAUUGACUUUAAGAAAGGUAGUAGAUUUUUUUUGAGUUUACAAUAAGAAUUUUUAGUGUAAAGUCUUUUAAGAUCAAAUUUCACUUAUGAUUUACAAUUGAUGGCCUUAAAUAAUUAGAGCUCAUUAAUGGUUUUAUUGUUUUUCCUGCAGUUAUGUGAUGAUGAUAUCAUUUAAACGCCAGGCUUUGGUAGAAUUUGAGGAUAUUGAAAGUGCCAAAAAAUGUGUGACAUUUGCAUUAAGUGAACCGUUAUAUAUAGCUGGGCAACAAGCAUUUUUCAAUUACUCUACAAGCAAAAGAAUUACUCGUCCGGAAAACACAAACAGUGUCUCUGGUGGGAACAAAGUUCUUCUCUUAUCAAUUCAGAACCCUCUAUAUCCAAUUACAGUGGUACGUCUUACUCUUAAGCAUAACUUUACCUAACCUUAGUGCAUCAUAUUAGCUGCAUAAGGUAAAAUCCUUGUGUUUUAAGACCUUGGGUUUUAGCAAGUGCAUUUGAGUGAGUCGUCUUCUUUCAUUUUUCUUGCAUACUUUGAGGUUUUUGAAAUUAUUGUUUUGAUUCUGUGUAUUCCCAAUUUAUAAAUGCUAUAAGACAAGUUAAAAUUUGUUUAAGAGCACUAAAAUUUUGGCAGUCUUAUUAGAUAUCUGACUGCAUAGAGAUAAAACUGAAUUUAGGCUUACUGCUUUGAAUUGCCUUGUUUCAUGGAUAAACUUUAGAAUGUUUGUCCCCUUUUCUCUCAUCAUUACAUAACUACAUAGUACACAAGAGACUUUCUCUCAGAAACUAAAUCCAAACUUUAAAUGGGGGUUAUUUUGUUUGUGUGUGCUAAUAAAAUUUUGAAUAGUAUUUGUCAGGUAAAUCUUCAAAUCUCUGACUAUUUCCCUCAUUCUUCUGUAGGAUGUUUUGUAUACAGUGUGCAACCCUGUGGGGAAAGUAAAACGUAUUGUCAUAUUCAAGAAGAACGCAAUACAAGCCCUGGUUGAAUAUCCUUUUUGUAUCACUUUGUGUCUGUGUGUGUAGAUUAUGUUGUAGGGCAGGGCAGUCUAACCUCUCAGACCAAGUGGGCCACAAGAGUACGGUACUUUGACACAGAACCUGGGGACCACACAGUGAUUUAAAUUUCCAUAUCAUAUAUUAGAGUUUGCAAUAAAUAUUAUUUAAUAUGCACAAUUAAUAUAUUUAAUUAAACACAGGCAGCCCCCCAUUUGCGUGAGGGUUGUGUUCAGGGUCAUCGCUCUCGUAAGCUUGCCUUACCCUCACCCUGCCGCCAUUUUUUCCUCUUCUGGUGUCAAACAUUGCAUGUGCAGUCAGUCACACAUGCCUUGAAUGUGCACAAAUUGAAAGUUGCCUGUAUAUAUAAUUAAAUACACAAUUAGUAGAUUUAAUAUAUUUUAAACAGAUCAGAACCAUUCUUUUUUUUUUAAAAGCAACCAAACAGAUCCAAAAACAAGGAUGCCGCAAGGUGUGGGGAGUUGCUGGUUGCAGGCAGGAUUCCUGGCAGGAAAGAGAAGGGAGAGGGAUAAAGCAAGGGAGUUCUUAUUAGCUCUUGGUGAGGCAGUAGGGCACGGGGGGGGAGAGAGAGGAGAAGAAGCAACUCUGUGCUAGGGAAUCACUGAACUCAUCUCUGCACAUAAUCCAGCCUCUGGCCUACUUCCUUUUUCACAGCCGCUGUUUAUAUAGCAACAUGGCAGCUCCUGCAGGCCAGAGGGAGCAUCCCAGUUACACCUGUGAUCAGCUGUUCUUUUCAGCUGUGGAAAGCAUUUUGAAUGGCUAUCCUGUGUUUCUUGCCAUUUAUCACUAGGAGCCAUCCCAUUCUUUUCCACCUCAUAUCCCAUCCUGAGAGCAGUGCAGACUAUUACCUAAAUUGGGGAUGGGGAGCUUGUGGUUCUCUAGAUAGUGUUUGAGUAUUGCUCCAGUCAUGCCUCAUCACUGGCCAUGCUGACUAUGGUAUUAGUCAUUCAUUCAUACAUAAAAUUAGUGUUUUUGCAUUUGUAACCGCAUGUUAAAUAAAGAGCCCUUGAGUAAUUUCUAGGAGAUCUACUGUGUUGUGGUUUAAAUUCGCAUGACUUGUGGCUAUUUUGAGGGGGGGGGAGGCAUUGUUUUAAACAACAAUCCUUAACAUAAAUCAAGUUCAAAUCGGUUCUCUGUGCUCAGAAGGCAAAAGCAGUGCUCAACGGAGCAGAUAUAUAUGCAGGAUGUUGUACACUAAAAAUAGAAUAUGCAAAGGUAAUGAUCAUACUUUCUUCAGCGGCUAAACUGUUUUGGGAGGAAAGUAAUGAUUAAGACUUGCUAUUUGUUUAUAUUUUAACAGUCAACUCGACUUAAUGUCAUUCGAAAUGACAAUUGUAGUUGGGACUAUACAAAACCAUAUUUGGGAAGAGGUAAGUAUUUUGGUAAUUAUACUAAAUGUGCAUUUAAAUAUAUAAAUAUAUGCAGUUAGCUUGUCUAAUGUGUUAGUCACUUCAAGCCAGGUAUUUCUGAUGCAGCUCUUGUAAUAGGCAUCCUGACCUGUAAUCCUGGAAAAGAAUAACUCAACAUUAUUGCCCCUUGCUGGUUUAUAUUGAGCUAUUUAACAAGGAGCCCACACAUGCAAGCAUGUUUGCAGUACAAGGACUUGCAUUUCUCCAAGCAGCUCUCACUCUUUGGAGGAGAGGACACUGAUGCAGACUUUCCUUACAAACUACAAACUUGCACACUGCUUCUCCACGGAAAGGAUUUUCCUCACUUGUUGGACAAGGCAUUAAGAAGGAUAGAGGACUCCAGCAGGCUGACUCUACACUUCAUCAUGCACCACUUCGGCAUCAUCAACAGGCCCUCUGAAAAACCUCAGACUUGCAACUCACCUUGACUGCAUACUGCAUGCACCAUCACCACAAGCAUAUCAAGGAGGACCACUUACAGCACUUCUGGUUUGCAUGGCACGAAAAUACCAUGGUAGACUGUACCCAUUCUAAACCAGUUUGCAUGUGUUUCCAAUCUUAUGUCCCUUUAAAAUUACCGUUGUAGAAUGAAACACCAUAAAAUGGAAGAUCCAAACUCUUGUUUCUCUCCUGGUUUUUUACCAGUGUAAAUGCUUUCUAAAGGACUGCACUUACUUUAAAGAUUAAUUGAAAUUCACCUGUACCCUGUCAAAUGAGUCCCCGCAAGCACCAAUAUUUGAUUCAAGGUCUAAAAUGUCUGAGCAUUUUUAAUUGCAGAAACUAGUUGGAAUAGUGUUUUCAUCAGUAAAAAAACCUGCAUGGAAAUGUAAAAGGAAUUGCUAUGUAGUUUGAUUUCUGUAAAUGUUCUUUGUAACUGAAUGAUUUGUGUAUAAUCUGCUGUAAUGUACCUUUUGAAAAUCUAGGCAUUUAUAACAUGGAGGUGGGAACUUAACCUUACCAAGGUAGAGUAUCUUCUAAAUUUUAAACAUAGUGAAGGUUUCAACUUUCCUUUUAAUCAUUGCUGAAAGGUUGUUUUUACUGGUAGUGCUUUGGCUUGUAAAAAUGUAUUAUUUAAAGGUUAGGGCUUGGACAUGCAGAAUUAAGUGUUUGUAAAAGGUUAAUAAGGGGGCUGCAGUAUUGGUUAGCAGAUUGUCCACCUGCAGUACGUUACAUUAAAGCUCAUGUUCCCGCUCCUUCAAACUACCGAAUUGGGAAGUCACUGAGUUACCUUGGGCAAUUCAGUGGAUAAUUUUCCAAAAUAUAUAGAUGCAUAUUCAAGCAACUAGCAAACAUGUAGUUCAGACUGUAAUUUUAAACUGUGCCUUGGCUUAGUACAUGAAAGAUUGGGAAAUGAGAAAUAUUUUCUUGAAGGAAAACAAACAAAACAGGUGCUCCCAAGUGUGUGGCAAUGUCCGGUGGAAUUUUUUAUUUCCAUUUCAUCAGCAAAUUCAGUGUCAUAUCACAAACUACUUUUGAAAGAAGCAGAAGUGUUGUUUUCUUCGUCCUCCCCUCUUUUAUCCUUUCUCUCUCUUUCCUGUUCUCUUUCUCUCUUUCCAGACUUUUUGAUUCUAUUUGUUCUAGAUAUUCUUCUCUUGAAUUGUGAAAACUUUAAUAAAAAUUGAUUUGGAAAGUACUCUCAGUUUCAGACAGGGUUGCCAUGUACUAGAGUGGCUCCUAUAUUGUGGCCUGUGUAUGUGAAAUGUAAAGCUCCCUUGGACCCGUGGAACAAGAUAUAAGCAUACUGUUCUAUCUUGUACUGAAGUAGAGUUGCUCCCUUGUUCCUUCCCAUGUGUUUCAGGCAAGAAGAGAGCUGAAUUUACCAUUUACAGUUCAUUUUGUAGCAAUGUUCUUCCUUGAGCAGAGAUGGGAAAUCUGUAGCCCUGCAGGUUGUGUUGGACUCCAGCUCUCAUCAGCUACACCUAGCAUUGCCAUUAGCCAGGCAUGAUGGGAGUUUUAGUCCAACAAUAUUUGGAGCGCCACAUAUAUCUCAUCCUUGCUCUAGACAAGAAGUGAUGAAAGAAAACACAGUUACUUCUUUCUCCAAAAUCUGUAACCAGCAACAGUCUUAAUAAAGCAGCACGGAAAAUGCUUGAGUAUUUUUAAUGUUGUGUACAGCAUACUGAUUGACAAGGAGUGGGCAGCUUCAUCAGCUAGAGAUGUAAUACUUAACUGAUUUUCUUGGCAUUCUUACAGGAGUGGCCUACACAAAAGUGUCAAUGUGAUGGGCUGCUUUACAUGCAAGAUUCGGGGAGAAUUCUCUUCAUAAAACAGGCUUCCGUUCUGGUUUCUUCAGACAGGAAAAUGUGCCCAAGUUUAGUGUUUAACCGAAAUGCAGUUGAUUUAAAGCAGGAGAUUUGAGCUGAUGGCUGUAUUUAUAUAAAAUUACAUUUUGCAUCCCAACCUUUUCCCUAAGUAGUUUGUUAGCUUCGUAACUAUUGUCAGAAGGUAAAGCUUGGUUUUCAAGGGUACCCACUGAUCUUCAGAACUGGGCAGUUUUAAUCCUGAUUUUUCAUUUCCCAAGCUCAAGACUGCCAUUGCAUCCUACUCAAACAUGUAAUUCUGGUGACUGAUGUUUGCUACUUCCGUUGUACAAAAAUCCUGUCCUCUGUAACUUAAGGGCUGAGUGAUGUGGCUAGUAUGUGAGAUGACUAGCACUUCCAUUUUGGAUAGCACAUGCUGAAAUCUGUGGAAAUUUCUUCCUAAUAAUGGGCUUGUGUUCUGGGUGCCACAAUCUCUCUUUACUCUCCCACUAUCAGAAUCAAAUUAUUAUACGACUAUCUAAUUCCUUGGUUGUUUUAAAUGUCUCAAACACUGGAAACAAAGCUUGAAAUAUUGUGCAUUAUCCAAACUGAGAAAGAACUGUAUGCUACUUCAGCUGGAUGUUUCUCAUUUCCCAUUGCUUAACAAUCAGUUGCAGUAUUGGAACUUCUGAUUGUCUACUGAAAGCAAGAAGUGGAUGUUAAAGCUAACUGCUGUUUCUUUUUGUAAUACAUGUUUAAUUGCAUAUUGCAAAUAAUUACUUUAGGUUGGUGUACUGCUUUCAUCCAGUACUGUUGACCCCUUGGUUAACUUUACAUUCUAGUAUAAAAUGUGGCUUGUUGAAAGAAAUUUUCAUUGUUAAAAGUGCUUUUAAUAGUUUUAAUUUUUCAGUAUUGAAAGUAUAACAUAGACUGUAUUAAUAGUAAUGUAUAUUCUUCUCAGCACUUCUCCAGUUGUUGAUGUAAUUAUGUAUGUACACAAAUAUGGUGCUUUUCAGUUUACUGAUUAUGAAACCAUGUAAUAUAAUUUUUUGUUAUAUUAUGCUGAAACUUCUUGAAAGAAACCCACUUUGAAAAUGUGUUGCUGUUGAAGCUAAUAGUGUGAUACAGGUACUGUCCUUUGACUGUACUGCAUUUACAACUUGUUUUUAUGAGAGUUAUAGGCAAUUUACAAUCUAUGGCAGUGGUUUGAAUGAUGGUCAGGGGUGCUGCGGGCAACACUAGCCUCUGUCCCUCUUUCCUUCCCUCCUGAUGCUAUCUCACCUUUCUGCCGCCCAAAGGCUUGCAUGGCUGUUUGUUGCUGCAGCUCUAGCUACAAGCCCCCCAGGUGACUAGUGCCUCUAGGGCUGGCCAAGUGGUGCUUCCCAGGCCCCUGUGGGGCAGUUUGAGAAGGCACCUCUCUUUGGGGCAGAUAUCGGGUCAGCAGCUGCGACUGCCCAGAGUACUCCGAAGGAGAGGGAGGAAGAGAUGAAGGAAGAUUUGCUGAGGGAACCCUCCACAAGGGAGGGGUGAGGGACUACCAGCUCUGCAGGCAAGGGGUGACAUAAGUGGGCUUCUGAGCCCUGUAGGGUGCUGCAGAAAGAAAGUAGUUGGUCAACAGAGCCGUGGACCCAAAACAGUUGAAAACCUCUGGUCUAUAGUAUUAGGGUCCAGGCUUCUCAGGCUUAAAGUGUCAAAUCUUCUCAAACAAAUAUUAUCAAGCCAACAUUAAUAUUGGCUUCUUACAACUGUGUUUUUGUGCUGGAGCAAAUCAGCUUAUAAUAGGUUGUUUAAAGUAUCCAGAUUAAAAUCUUAGAGUAACAUUGAAGUAUCCAGCAGUGUUCUUCUUAACCAGAAAAUAUUACCCCUUCCCCGCAGUUGCUUACUGAUAAACUCCAAUAUCUUUAAGGGGGGCUGCUAUUGUUUAAUGAUGCUUUUCUUUCUCCUUUAGAUAGAGGGGAAGGCAGUCAGAGGCAAGCUAUUCUGGGAGAGCACCACUCCUCAUUUAGGCAUGAUGGCUAUGGUAGGUUAUAUGGCUUCCAGUUACGGGUUAUAUUGAAAAUGGGUUAUAUGGUGAAUAUAGUUGUAUAUGUCUAGAUUUUCCUCCUAUUUUUUUGUUUGUGGUGCCAUCUUAAUGUAUUCUGCAAUCUAUAGUAUAAAUCCUUUCCCCACCACUCUUGGGCCAACACUUUUUAAAAAGUCUUGCUACAUUAGUCAGGCACCACAUUUGUCUGUCUCAUUGUGCCCCCUCAUUUGCCCUAUCGCAGGGUGGGGAACCUCAUGCCUGGUGGUCGCUUUUGUUCUCCAGGCCUUUCUGUUUGACCCCAAAACUCUUACCAGGCCACUCCCCUCAUUGGCCCUGCUUUGUGCCCUAAGUGUUUAUGUCUGCCUAGAAUGUGUCUUUGAACUCCGAUGAUGCCUCUUGCUUGGCUGGAGGGCUGACAGAGGUGUGGGAGGCUGUGUAGAAACAAGCCUAUUGUGCAAAGGUAAAUUUUAUAUUUGUUGCUCCACCCACUGCUGCGUCUGACCCUGCCCACGACUGGCAUGUGGCCCUAAGAAGGUUGUCCACAAGGGAAUUUGGCCCUUGGGUAGGGAGGUUUUCUCAUGCCCUGGUGCCAAAAGGCACAUCCAUUUAUGACCAGUUUUUCAUGAUCUAAUUUUUUUAUUUUUAAAUGCCAAUACAUUUUGGUAAUAACCAGAGACUUUACAUGGCUCACUAUAAAUCAAGUUGUCAUUCUGUGAGCAAACAAUAUUUUUUUCCAAGUUGCAGUUAACUUUGUCACAGUAAAGAUGAAAUGUUGCUUAAUACUUCUCUCUUUGCACACAAAAAGCGCCUCUAAAAACAGAUUGAAACUUGGAAUCGCACACUUAGACCACAAGCUAACAGUUAGAUGUGCUGAAGGUCAUUGAAAUCAAUACAGUCCUUUAUUCUUAAGUCUGGCUUGUGGUUUUAGGUGUUUAUCCACUGUUAGUCGUACUCAGAUUAGACCCAUUGAAAUUAAUGCACAUGACUAUCUUAAACUCAUUAAUUUCAUUUGGUGUGCUCUGAGUCGAACUCCCUUGGCUCCAGCCCCUACAUCAUUUCAAGUUAGCUUGUUCCUUGGAGGCACAUGGGGAAGGGGAAAUUGUAUGAAUUAUAUUUUGGUUGAUGUGAGUUAACAUUCUUGUCUAGAUAGACCAUGUUUUGGGAGUUGAUACUAAAGCUGCAUAGCUCAUUCUAGCAAAACCUUAAUUGCUAAGAUGUAUUAGUAAUUAUUGGAAAACUGGCAGCUCUUAAAACUUGGCAGCUUUAAUCUUCAUAUCCGGCCAAUUAAACUUUUCCAACCAAAUUCACUAAAGAAUACUUUCUCUUUAGGAUCGCGUGGGCCUCUGUUACCACUACCAAGCCGAUACCAAAUGGCAUCUCGGGAUACUCCAGAACUUGUGGCUUACCCACUUCCCCAGGCCUCCUCAUCUUACAUGUAUGGGGGGAACACCUCAGGUUCUGUUGUCAUGGUUACUGGAUUGCACCAGCAAAAGAUGAACUGCUCAAGAAUCUUCAAUUUGUUCUGCUUGUAUGGAAAUAUUGAGAAGGUAAAAUCAAAAAAGUUUAGGCAAUGAAAUUUAAAGAAUAAUUCAUGAUUACUGUGAAGAGAACACAGCAUCAUGCAUAUUCCAACCAAACCGAAAAUUUCCUAACUUACCAUUCUUUAAACCUGCAGGUGAAGUUUAUGAGGAGCAUUCCAGGCACAGCUUUAGUGGAAAUGGGUGAUGAAUAUGCUGUUGAAAGAGCAGUCACGCAUCUCAACAAUAUCACAUUAUUUGGGAAGAGAAUUAAUGUUUGGUAUGUGUGCAUUCCAUCUUGGUACUAAUACUAAAGCACACCUAUAAUGUAUGUGUCCAGCAGUGUAAGAUAUUAAAAUACUGCUGAAUAAAGUUUUUUAAAAGAAUACUGUCUAUAGAAGAUCUGAGUAAAGCAUACACAUAAUUACAGUGGAAACAGCACCAGCCCUUUCAUUAAAAGCAGUCAAUCCCCCCAAAGUCUGCCAAAAUAAGAAAGUCCUCACAUGCUGGCAGAAGGACAAGGUUAUUGCUCCCUCUGUGCCUGAAUUAUCAAUCUGAUUAUUGUGUAAGAGGUUCAGCAGUGUAAGAUACUAAAAGUGCUGCUGAAUAAAGUUUUAUUUAAAGAAUACUGUCCAUAUAUGCAAAGAGUAAACUUUGUUACAAAAGUAAUGUAAAUAUUUCUAUAUUUCAUUGAUCUCCUUCCAUAACUUGAUAAAUGCAUGACUGACUUCACUACUUGACACGUAAAAUGUAGAUUAUCCCUCUGUGUUCAUGUUUUGUUACUAUGCUUUGUGAAUUCUGUAAAAAAUAACACCUUUUUUACUGCAAAAAGUUUUAUUAAUUAUGUGCUCUUUAUUUAUAGUGUAUCCAAACAGAAUUCAAUUAUUCCUAGUCAGUUAUUCGAGCUGAAAGAUGGGACAAGCAGCUCUAAAGAUUUUACAAUGAGCAAGAACAAUCGCUUUACUAAUGCUGGUCAAGCUUCCAAGAAUAUCAUUCAGCCACCAUCUUGUGUGUUGCAUUACCAUAAUGUUCCGCUGUGUGUAACUGAAGAGAACUUUGUAAAGGUAGGUAGCUGCAGGAGUCAUAGCUUUUAUAUGUAAUUUAGCAGAUUCCCUUUUUUAUGUCCUAGAGUAGGGGUGGGAAAUUGCAUCUUGCAGAUCUUACACUCAAUAAUACGACAUAAUGACAUCAAAUGAUACCUAUCAGCUUUCAAAGGAGAUCAGUGUAACCACAUCAGCUGAUGGGACAGUUACAACAAUCUUGUUUCAAGUUCCCAUGCACCUUCAAAGAGACUUGCUACAUCCAUUUGUACAUUCUGGUUUGAAUUGAAGCCAUCUGUUUUGAAACUGCUUGCUAAGAUGAAGAAAACAAUCUUGCUUUAGCAAGCUGUUUCAAUGCAGUCAACUUCAAAACAGACCACUUGGUGCACCAAAGAUUAUUCAGUGCAGAGCUCCCUAGUUCAGGAGGUUGUCUUGGGUCAGUGCCAAACAGUUUAUUGGUACUGACAGGGAAUGCCACUUGCAAAGGAACAGUUGAGAGCUGACUUUAAACUCAUGAUUGUUCCCUUGUCUCAUGUUUCAUUAUCUUAAGUAGAAUAUCUUGUAAUUUUCAAAAUUGGACAGCAAGAUGUUUCUGUCAAGAGUUUAGCAUGAGACUGUAGGAUUUCUGGGCAAUGGAGGGACACUUCUCUGGUGAGUUUUUACCCUAUAAUCACUUUCUUAAAAUUAAUGGGGUUCCUGAUAUCUCGACCCAUUUUGUGCCAAGUGUCCUCCUUAUCACAUAAAUUACCAGUUUCUGUAACUCAGAAUCACAUCCUCUAGAAUUAGAUUGUUGCUGUUUAAAUGAACAUAUUUUCACUUUAUUGUUCCAGCUGUGUGAUGAUCAUAAAGUUCUACGUUUUAUCAAACACAAAGUAUUUGAUCCAAAGCGUAAGUAAAUAUUUGAUUCUAUUUAAGUUCUCAAAGAAACUUAACUUACUGAUGGUGGUGUGAAGCAACCAUUUUAAACUCUUGUUUUGACAGCUUCAGCCAAAACGCUUUCUGGUCUGCUGGCGUGGGAAUGCAAGACUCAUGCAAUGGAAGCACUUUCCGUACUUAAUCACUACCAAAUAAAAGACCCUAGUAAGUCAAUGUAUUAAAGUAUUCUUUAGCUUUAUAUUUUAUCUCUCUAUAUCAUUUGGAUAAAGGGUUUUAGGGAUGUAUUUUAAACAUUUUAUAUGCCAUCUCAUUAAUAUAAUACCAAGAUGCUGUGCAAUAAAACAUUUCUGUGCACAAUUAAAACCACCAAGAAACACCACAAAUACAGUAGCCAGGUUGUGCUAGGAUAUAACACUUGCUGGGCUUGGUCAAUAUUUUCCUAUGGUCUUUAAAAUGCAAAACAUUUUUGUUUUCUUCCUUUGAAGUCAAAGGACUUUUUCAUAUGGUUGAACGGUUUUAACAGUGUAUUUUCAUUUACACAACAUUCUUAUAAAUCCUCAUCAUACUGACUCAGUUUGCACUUAAUGCAGAGCCCAGCUGCGUUGCCACAAACAAGCAAACACGGGCUCAUGGAUUGUGGCCACACUGCUCAUCUCUGGUGGCUUUACUGCUGCACUGACCUAAGCCAUGGCCUGUUUUAGCUUGUUGUCUGAACCUAGAUUCGUGGUUUAGCUCUCCCCAGAGAAACGGAGCUGAGAAGUUUGUCCUGUGGUUUACAGCUUGUGGUUUGCGUGGGAGAGCUAACCCAAGCGUGUGUGUUUAGAUGACACGCCAAGUGUAGCAAAAUGCUGAGGGUGGAGAAAAAGGGCCUGAACAUUUGUUGGUUGUGCUAAGUCAUGGUUUGGCUUGGUGUUACAUGUGAAUAAGGGCACUGAAAACAAGCUGAGCUGUAAAAUGGUAACUGGUUACUUUCUCUGUACUAAAGUGAUAGUAAGGAGUGGAAAACCUGGUUUAGUACAGGCAUGAUAAUGUGAUAAUUCUUCGCAAGUGCAACUGUGAUGGAAGGCAUGGGAACCACAUCUUAUAAAGCAAGAGAAACUGCCAUACAGUGGUACCUCUGGUUAUGUACUGAAUUCGUUCCGGAGGUCUGUUCUUAACCUGAAACUGUUCUUAACCUGAAGCACCACUUUAGCUAAUGGGGCCUCCCACUGCUGCCGCCGUGCGAUUUCUGUUCUCAUCCUGAAGCAAAGUUCUUAACCCAAGGUACUAUUUCUGGGUUAGCGGAGUCUGUAACCUGAAGCGUAUGUAACCUGAAGCAUAUGUAACCCGAGGUACCACUGUAUUUUCAUUGAACUGGUUCCGUAGAAAGAUUGUGUUUUCUGUAUAGGGGAAGAAGGUUGGAUUGAGUUCUGAUGCAUUAUACAAAGCAGUAGUGUGCUAGAAAUAAGAGUAGUAUUUUAGAAGCAAUUUUUCACAGUAGUCAAACGUUUGUUAAAAGAAAUCUCUUUUCUCAGACUAACAGGCUGUCGUAAGGCACACCAUCCAAAAUGGCAUUUAUUCUUAACAGUUUCCCUUUUAUCUUACAGAUGGCUCUGAUCCUUAUACAUUGAAGCUUUGCUUCUCUACUUCCUCUCAUUUGUAG